AGAAUCCAGGAGAGACAUGUAUACCUACGUACCUAUCUGUGCCCAUUGUCAUUAUGUAGGUAGGCUCGACAUACUACCGGGUAGUGCAGUGUCUGAAUGUACAAGACCAUAUGUAUACUCAAGUACCUAUAUGUACCUCUACCUGCUACUUAAGUACUUACAUGCAUCUACCUACCGGUAGGUACUUGCCUACCAUGCAUUUCUUCUCCACCUGCCUCGAGGACAUAGGUAGAGCUCGGCCAAAGUGCUUGGACUCUCUUUUCCACUCCAUCACGCCGGUCGUAGGUCGUAGGUCUAACUUGGGUCCGCAUCCUCAUAGGUCGAUUGGUUCUUCUGUUGUAUUCGUCCUCGGUCAUCAUGGCUUUGUCGAACCCUUUGGCCUUCCGUCCCUUCUCUGUCUCUUUCAUCACCACCGCCGCCUACCUAGCGCUUCUCAUCCCACUGCUCGUCAUCCACGAGACAGUUCCUACAGCUCCAGGCAAUGCCACCGUGUAUCACGGCUUAAACCUAACAAAAGCAUGGCUGGAUCUCACAGUCCUAUCUCAUUCCUAUCACCCCUUCAACAGCCGGCAGAAUGACGAAAUCCAUAAUUGGCUUCUACUUGAGCUGGACGACAUUAGGAAGAGGAACUCAGCUAACGAGUCUAACCUGGUUAUACUCGAGGACGUCGUCUCCAACGUAACAACAUCUGGCUCCGUAUGGACCUCCGGCACCAAAAGCGCCGCCUACUUCGAGGGCAAGAACAUCGUCGUAUAUGUCCGUGGUAGGGAUGACCCUCUCGGGCGCUGGUGGGAAGACGUUUCCCCAGGCUACAGUGUAGAUAAAGUGCUCGGUAAGGGUGGCGUCUUGCUGAACGCUCACUACGAUUCCGUCUCUACCGGGUUUGGUGCAACCGACGAUGGGAUGGGCUGUAUCACUGUCAUGGCCCUAGUGGAUUAUUUCUCUCGGCCUGAGAAUCAACCUCAAAGAGGCAUCGUCGCCCUGCUCAACAAUAACGAGGAAGAUUUUCUAUGGGGAGCUCAAGCUUUCGGAAAUAGCCCAUUCAUGCCGUUCUGCCAUACUUUCCUGAACCUCGAAGGAGCUGGUGCCGGGGGUCGCGCGACCCUCUUUAGAACUACAGAUGCCGAGGUCACCGCUGCCUAUCGUGGAAGCCCGAACCCAUUCGGUAGUGUUUUAUCAUCGGAUGCCUUUGGUCUUGGGGCCAUUCGGAGUAACACCGACUAUAUCGUAUUUAACGGCGUCUACGGCAUGAGAGGGCUUGAUAUGGCCUUCUAUCGCCCUCGUGCUAGAUACCACACCAACCAGGACGAUGCAAAACAUGCAUCACGCGCAAGCUUGUGGCACAUGUUGAGCAACUCUUUGCACACGAUGGAAAGACUUUCGGGUAAUACUGGCCAGACUUUCAUAGGAAGCCGUGGCGACGGAAAUCGCAACAAAGUCCCCAACGGCCGUGGGAACUCUGGCGUUUGGUUCGACCUCUUCGGCAAGACCCUGGCCCUCUUUGAGCUACGAACAUUCUUCGCAUGGUCACUGACGCUUCUUAUCGCUACACCAUUGAUACUCGCUGCCAUAACAUACAUGCUGGUGCGGCAAGGGAAAUAUUACUUUUUCUCGGCAACGGUGUCGCCCUAUGAAGGGGCCGUUCUAGAUCCUGUUAUGCUCGGUGGUCGAAAAGGUAUCUUCAGGUUUCCCUUCGCUCUAACAGUGGCGGGGGCUCUGGUGAUAGGUUCUGCUUACCUCGUCACCAAGGUUAAUCCAUUAAUUAUAUACAGCAGUGAAUAUGCCGUAUGGUCCAUGAUGUUAUCCUUAUUCUACUUUGUCUUUUGGACUAUCAUGGCAGGUGCGAACUUCGCAAGACCAAGCGCUUUACACAGAGGAUAUUGUAUCAUCUGGCUCUUUGCUAUCUCUUGGCUUAUUGAAGUUGCAAAUACCGUCUUCGAGGACCGCUUUAGAAUCGCGGCCGGCUACACAUUUGUUUUCCUCCAUGCAGCUACUUUCCUCGCAGCGGUAAUAACACUUUGUGAACUGUUCGCACUUCCAUCAAAAAUGGCAUUUGCACAGCGCGUUCACGCAGCACAUGAUGCUACGGACCAUGGCGAAGAGCAUAUGAUAGAGCACGUUGAAUCUAUCCCCCCUGCGGACGGACCUGGUGACGAUAUUGAAGGGGAAAGGGCUGAUAACGAGCCUGCACUGGUUCCUUCGGAAACGACGCCUCUAAUAGGGGGCACUAGUACUACCUUUGGGGCAGCCUAUAGGCGAGCAAGUACGUUGCUUGAUAGGAAGUUUACGAGAGACAAGAAUGGUCCGUAUGUUAAUGAGCAAUUGUGGUCUACAAAACUUCCGAGCUGGGCCUGGAUUAUACAAUUUUUGAUCUCUGGGCCCUUCCUAAUCAUUCUAUUUGCCCAAAAUGGCCUCCUCGUGGCCUCCUCGGUUUCCCAAACCGGAUCCGAUGGAGGUAGCCUCUUAUUACCUUAUUUAAUCACAGCGUCCUUCAGCAUUUUAUUACUUCUACCAAUAACACCGUACAUUCAUCGGAUUACGCAUCACGUCCCCAUGUUCUUGCUGGCUGUUUUCAUCGCCACUUUGACCUAUAACUUGGUCGCUUUCCCGUUCUCUGUGGAGAAUCGGUACAAAAUUUACUUCAAGCAAACUGUUAACCUUGACACCGGUCUAUCACGUAUCCAUUAUGUCGGACUACGAGAUUAUGUUGAGAAAGCUGUCGCGGAUCUACCUUCUGCUAUGGGCAAGGAACUGAACUGCAACCCGACGAACAGCUCACGUAGUGGUCUAUAUGAAUGCACCUACGAUGGUUCUGAUGUCCCGCCCAACGUUGUGAGAGGUGUACCACCAGGUGUUCCACCUCAACGUGGCUAUGGUAACUGGCUGACUUACAAUAUUACUCGCGGAAAUGGGGAGCUCAAGGCUAGAUUCGAGAUCCAUGGAACAGAAACACGAUCUUGUGGGAUUUCUUUUGAGAACCCAAUUUCUACGUUCAAAGUCGAAGGCGGCUCUGACCCAGAUGAGCGUUUCGGUGGACUUCCAGAUAAGGGCCUGGAAAGCAUUAAACUCUAUCGGAGGGAUUGGAGUACGCCAUGGAUCGUUGAUGUAGAAUGGGAGCAAGGCAACGGUAUCGAUGGCCAUGUUGUUUGCAGUUGGGAUGAUGCCAACACACCUGGCACCAUUCCCGCAUAUGAUGAGGCAUUGCAGUAUCUUCCCACGUGGGUAGCUGCUACUAAGCUGUCUACUGGUUUGUGCGAGGGGUCCAAGGCGUUCAAAGCUUAAACAUCAACUAAAGCAUAUUUAGUCAGCAGUUGGGAUGGUGUUCUUUUCUAUGUUCUUUCUCUUGGGUUGUUUGCCACGGGCGAAUUGCACGGCUAGAGGGGACAGCAGCAGCAAAUGGUGCGACUGCAUGUGAAGCUUUUCUAGCAGUUCAGUUAUAUAGCAGUGGAACGGAAAUCCAAUAGGGCUGGGCCAGGUUUACUUGUAAUGAUUAAUACCUUGCAUAGUUGGCGUUAAUUGUAUUUUUAUUGACCUUCCAA